AUGGUUCAACGAUGGGACCGGCGGCGCAGCUGCCCAUCGAACCAGAAACGGUCCGGCGAGGACCCCUUACGGAACCUGCAACGGGACGUUGAGACCGCCCUGCUCUGGAAUCAGCACCACAAUGAGAUCCUCUUGCUGCAAUUGCAGUGCGUGAGGCUCAUGCGGAACAAUGACUCUUUGAAACUCAAGCUGGAGGUCGGCGAGCACGAGCUUUGGAAGGAGAGGGAGCGCUCCCUCCAUGAGCACCAGCUGCGACUCAUGGCGGAAGCGGAGGUCGAGAGGCUCCAGAGCCAGAGGUUGUCCCAUCGCGGCUUGCCGCGGGAUGCCAACCAUCUGUCCAGUGGCAGUGGCACGGACGGCGAAGGGAGCGAGGAACUUUUGGCGACCGAGAGCGUGCUUUCACCUGCACUGUUGCAGCUGAUCCCCGAAAGCCACUGCGAUGACCACGGCGGUGAUCUGCCCGCGACAUUUCGACAUGACUGUGUGGGCACUGCACAGAACCAGGAACAGGAAACUCCGUCGGACAUAGAGCGAACCAAGAGAAGACCAAGCUAUUGCAGCACACAAGCCCCGGACAGCGACCAAGAGGAAGAUGAAGAGUGCACAUUGGAGUCUCUCGCGUCGGAGGCCCUGGGAGCCAAAACAAGCACCGUUGUCGGCGAUGGGGAAAGCAACCCGUCCGACCUCCACAUGCCGGACCUAUUGCGGCGGUACCUGAGCGUGCCGGACUUGCUCAGCUGGCGCCUGCUUUCGCGAAGCACCAGCAGCCGCGAGGCCUUGCUGGCUCACGUGGCCCAGAUGGGCAGCAUGGACAGGUUGUGCCAUCACGGAUUGCAGCGGGAUGCCGGACAUCCGUCUGGCGGCAGCGAAGAGAUCGAGGAACUUUUGGCGACCGAGAGCGUGCUUUCACCUGCACUGUUGCAGCUGAUCCCCGAAAGCCACUGCGAUGACCACGGCGGUGAUCUGCCCGCGACAUUUCGACAUGACUGUGUGGGCACUGCACAGAACCAGGAACAGGAAACUCCGUCGGACAUAGAGCGGACCAAGAGAAGACUAAGCUAUUGCAGCACACAAGCCCCGGACAGCGACCAAGAGGAAGAUGAAGAGUGCACAUUGGAGUCUCCCGCGUCGGAGGAUGCCGGGCAACAGCCUGGUAAUGAUCGGCAAGCCUCAGCCAAGUCAGAGGAUGGCGACGGCCGUGUUUGCAUCGACGAGGGCGGGCUGUCGAUCUGUGCCAGUGAGUCUGAGUUCACGGGAUCAAAGAGUUCCUCCCACAAACACGACCGGGCUCGCCAGGCGGAUGCCUCUGCUCGCAAGGAGAUCUCGGCCACGAUGUGGUCCUACUCCCAGACGGCCCUCGGAGGCGUCGAGGUUGGCGGAGGGCAAUUCAACCCGUCCGACCUCCAUAUGCCCGACCUCUUGCGCUACCUGAGCGUGCCGGACUUGCUCAGCUGGCGCCUGCUUUCGCGAAGCACCAGUAGCCGCGAGGCCUUGCUGGCUCACGUGGCCCAGAUGGGCAGCAUGGACAGGCCAGAGGCAGUUCUCGCAUUUCUGGACAGAGAGAGGGUGUGGCUCUGCACCCCCGAUCUAUCCUUUGAAGUAGCCUGUGACGGUGAUGCCGAGCAGCAGAAGGUCUUCCACUGUCAGCGGUGGCACGCGGCCCUGGCGUCCAAGUGCAACAUCCAUUUCGCCGAAUGCUACGUUCACCACCUCGUCGGCAAGGACCUCGACAACUUGCUUCGGCACUGCCGGAGUGCGGAUGAGUCCGUUACUUUUGCUGCCAGUUAUUUGCUUGCAAGACGUGCUGGAGACGGCCUUCCUUAUGUACAACGCCACAUCGCAGAAGCCUUUCUGAUGAUGAUGGAGGAAUUCCAUCACAUGGGCGCCAACUGGAAAGGGAUAGUUUGGUGCAUACGUCAGAUUGCAGAUGUAUUGCACGCACUGAGCCAGCAUCAGCGAAAGAACAUGAUGUCCUUGCUGGUUAGGCUGCUGAAGACAGCUGAAGUGUCCUACGUUUGCAAAAAGCCCAUGUAUCAUGGAGUGAUGAAGCUCUGGUCCGCAGAUGACGAUCCCUCUCGAACCUUCGCAGACGUACUCCACGAGCUUGGGAUUUUGGCAGAGUCCAUCCGAGAUAAGAGUCUGAAGACCGCUUUCGGGCGUCUGAUUGCUGGCAGCAGCUGA